AUGACAACGCAGUGUUUGGUAACGUUGGCACAACAAGCGUACGAACAUUUUCCCAGAGCUGCGGAUGCGAUAACGAAGGACUUUUAUAUGGAUGAUCUGAUGACGGGAGGUGUAACCGAAGCUGAAUGUAUUCAAUUGUACCAAGAGAUAACGUCAAUUCUAGCCUCAGCAAAAUUACCUCUAAGAAAGUGGUGUUCUAAUUCCUCUUACGUCUUGGGACAUAUUGGUAAAAAUGUCAGGGACCCCUUAUUCACCUUGGAAUUAGGAGAUGAAGAAAUGGUCAAGUCUUUCGGCUUAUGUUGGAACCCAGUACUUGAUGAGUUCAGUUUCAAUGUCAUACCAACUCCAGCACGAUCAACAUUGACCAAGAGAACACUGCUAUCCGAUUUGAACAAGGUGUUUGACCCCAUAGGUUUUAUAUCACCAAUACUCGUAAAGGGAAAGAUAUUUUUACAGCAGGUAUGGGCCUUGAAAAUUGAUUGGGAUAGUCCCUUGUCUUCAGACAUUCAUGAUCGGUGGAUGUCAUUCCAUAAGGAUUUAGAGAAACUGCAAAAUGUAUCCAUUCCAAGAAAGGUUCUACCCAAACCAAAUGAAUUCCAGAUACACGGAUUCUGUGAUGCGUCGCAAGAAGCCUAUGGUGCUUGCAUAUAUGUACGAUCGCGCUGUUCUGAAAAUACGUGGCAGGUUCGACUGCUGUGUGCUAGAAGUCGUGUAGCACCAAUAAAGGGUUCAACAAUUCCUCGUCUUGGACUGAAUGGUGCCUUGGUAUUAGCACAAUUACUCCAAAAGCUAACGGAUGCUUGGGAAAUUGAUCGUCAUAAGUGUCAUUUGUGGACAGACUCCACUGUAGUUCUUAGUUGGUUAAAUGCACAAUCUAAUCGAUUAAAGGUGUACGUCAGUAAUCGCGUUAAUCAGAUCUUGGAGCUUACAAAUGCAUCGCAAUGGAAUUAUGUAAGAACAGAUAAGAACCCUGCUGAUAUGAUAUCUCGAGGUACUAAUGUAACGGAGAUAAGUGCUUCUACACUUUGGUGGAAUGGACCUGAUUGGUUAGGCAUAUCCGACGAGUUGUGGGAAAAGGUCCCAAGAAACAUAUUGAAGGAAGAAGAAAUACCUGAGCAACGCACAAUACAAUUUGCAUUAGUUGGAGUUCAAUCUAAUCAAGAGUUGGUUCAACACUACUCCUCUUGGUCACGACUGCAGAGAGAAACAGCUUGGUUAAAAAGAUUUGUAGAAUAUUUGAGAACAAGAAGGGUACCAAGUGAAGUUCAUUUGUCUGUGAGAGAACUGCAAGCGGCCGAAGUAUGUAUACUGAAACAAGUCCAAGCCGAAUGUUUCCUUGAUGAGUUACGAUCUCUGGAAUCUCAAAGGGAGUUGAACCUAAAAAGUAAACUGAAGUCCCUACGACCAUUUAUAAAGGACGGACUAAUCUUGGUUGGUGGACGUUUGAACAAUUCUGGGUUGUCAAUAUUACAAAGGCACCCGAUCGUGUUGCCUGCAAAUCAUAAGGUGACUAGGUUAAUAUUUGAACGAAUACAUUUAGAGCAAUUACAUUGUGGGCCUCAAGCCUUGCUUGCUGAGGUGAGACGAAGGUAUUGGCCGUUAAGAAGUCGAGUGAUGGCGCGUUCCGUGGUAUCACGUUGCGUGAGAUGCACCCGAGCCAAACCAACAUUUAAUGCUCCCUUGAUGGCUCCAUUACACAAGGAAAGGGUCCAAGUCGCACGACCGUUCGCUGUUACUGUAUCGAUUUUGCUGGACCAAUCAUCAUAA